AUAAAAGGUUUCCAAGUUCUCUUUUCCCUGAACAUUUGAAGAAGUCAGUGAAGCUACAAAGACAGAACAGAGGCGACUUUGAAGAUGAUGUUUCUGCCUCUGGGGUGUUUUCUGCCCCGCACAGCCUUCCUCCUCCUCCUUCUCUUUUUCUUUUCGUCUUUCGGGCCCACACAAACUGAAGUGGCGAGGUCCAUUUCAGACUGUGCCGACUUCCUUCUGAACCAAAGUCCUCCUCAAAUUCCAAACAUCCUGAAGGACGGGAAGAUCCUGGACCAGAACCGAUACAAGCCCAUCUGCCAGACCUACAGGAACAUCAGAACCUUUCUGACACUUUAUGACACCAAAGAAAGGAUCCCUGUGUUUUCUGCUAUCAGGGUUGGUCAAGACCAAAAAGCUGGAAAAAGACCCAAAAAAUGGAUGAUUGAACCUCAGCUUGAAGAUGAAUCUGCUGACAAGAACAUGAAAAGGGACAAUAAGAAACAAGGAGCCUACAAACACCAAGCGUCAAAUUUUGAUUACAAAAACAGUGGAAUAUAUGACAGAGGUCAUGUAUGUCCAAGCUCCUAUGGCUCCACCCCAACGGCCAAAAACUCCACCUUCACCCUGACCAACAUUGUUCCACAAGUGAAAUCGUUCAACGGUGGAAGCUGGGCGAAGAUGGAGAAAUGCGUCAAAUGUUUCAUGAAAACUUUCUGCAAAAACAGCAAUGGUGUUACUGAAGGCUUCGUGGUGACUGGAGCACAGCCCGGUACCGGAAAACUCAAGAACCGAGUCAACAUUCCCUCCCGGAUGUGGUCGGCGUUCUGUUGCUAUAGUGAUGACCAAAAGGCGUGGUUAGCAAGUGCGCACUGGGGUGAGAACGUUCCUGAUGAGCCCAAAGACAAAUAUCUGCAGACAAAGAGUCUGAACGAUCUCUACAAGGAUCUGGGGACACCAACCUUUAGCGUCUUUCCUGGAACAAAGUGUCCUCUGGGGACGACUGUCUCCAAGUUUUACCCAAAGUUAGACAAGUCCUGCAAAUGCCCCCCGCCAGUUUCAAACAGAAGCAGACCAAGUGGAUGGUCUAAAAACAAUUUUUAUUUAUUUUUUUAUUACUUUAUUUUUAUUAGUUUUUGUUACAUGUAAACAAAAGAAAAACCACAACAACAAUCAAAAACAAGGGUCAAUUCUAGGUGCUUCUUGUGUCUAUUUGUUGUAAAGUGUCCAUUUUUCUCAUUUUCGGUGUAAUUGUGCCUCUUGCAGUCUCAGCCUGUAUGUUAUUGUUUCCUUUGAAUAGAUGUUAAUUGUUGAAGUUCAUUGCUCCUUUGAUGGGAUGGACUUACAGCCCAAGUUCCUGGUCAAUGAUUUUUUCGCGGCUAGUGACAUAACUUUACAUAAGUAUUCCUAAGAACAUAUAUAAAUAAAACAGUUCUGGUU